UCAGCCAACAGAUGGGAAGCCUCGGCAGUGCACAGCAGCUAUCAUUUUCAGUAGCAUUGCCAUGGCGCCAAUCUCGCCAACAGUCAAAACCCUCACUUCAAAUCCAAUGCGCUCUCACCAAACAAGGCCAACGCUUUCUGACCAAGCUCGCAGCCAACGCCAACGACCCAUCCGUCGCCAACAAAUUGAUCUCCAAGUUCCUGUCUAGCUCUUCCAAGUCCGCUGCUCUCAGCACUCUCUCUUAUCUCCUCUCUCCCCACACCACCCACCCUCACCUCUCUUCCCUCGCCCUCCCAAUGUACUCGAAAAUCACAGAGGCGUCUUGGUUUGAGUGGAAUCCAAAGCUGGUUGCUUCCCUUGUUGCGUUGCUUGAUAAACAAGGAGUAGAGAGCCAAUCAGAAGCUUUAAUCUCCGAGACCAUUGAGAAGUUAGGCACUAAAGACCGAGAGCUUGCUCAGUUUCAUUGCCACUUGGUGGAGUCACACUCGAAGAUAACCUCAAAGCGUGGGUUUGAUAAGGCAUGUAGUUAUCUCUAUCAGCUUCUUCAGAAUUCUAGCUCUGUUUAUGUGAAGCGUAGAGCUUUUGAAUCGAUAGUUGGAGGCUUAUGUACCAUGGAUAGGCCUCAGGAUGCGGAUGAGUUGAUUCAGGAGAUGAAGAUUAAGGGAAUGAAAGCGUCGGUUUUCGAAUUCAGGUCUGUGGUUUAUGGCUAUGGAAGGUUAGGACUGUUUGAAGAAAUGCUGAAGGUUGUGGACCAAAUGGAGAAGCAGGGGUUUGGUAAUGAUACUAUAUGCUGUAAUAUGGUUCUUUCAUCGUAUGGAGCGCACAAUGAGCUUGCUGCCAUGGCAAUGUGGCUUCAGAAAAUGAAAGAAUCGAGUGUUCCUUUCUCAAUUAGGACUUACAAUUCGGUGUUGAAUUCAUGCCCUACGAUCAUGACAAUGCUGCAGGAGCCGAAUGCUGUUCCGUGUUCCAUUGGAGAACUGACUGGGAUUUUGGAUGGUGAUGAGGCUUUGCUGGUGAAGGAGCUGGUUGGAUCGGCAGUUGUGGAUGAGGCAAUGGUGUGGGAUGCUGCAGAGGGCAAGUUGGAUUUGCAUGGCAUGCAUUUAGCUUCAGCGUACUUGGUAAUGCUGGAGUGGUUCGAGGCAAUGCGACACAGGUUCAAGAGUGCGGAGUGCGUGGUUCCUACACAGGUGGUCAUUGUUUGUGGAUUGGGAAAGCAUAGCACUGUUAGAGGUGAAUCCCCGGUUAAAGAUAUGGUUAAAGAGAUGAUGCAUCGAAUGAAAAGUCCGAUGAGAAUCGACAGGAAGAAUGUCGGGUGUUUCAUUGCUAAGGGAAGAGCUGUGAAGGACUGGUUGUGUUGA